AUGGACUCUCACCGGCGCAGGCUCGCCGGCCUGAUGGCGGAUCUCAUCCCCACAAAAGUGCUUGAGCAGCGUGCUCAUGCCGCUGACAGCGCUGGGGCGGCCACGGCCACCUCAACAAUCUCUCCCUACGCCUCCAACCUAGCUGGCGUGAACCAGCCCGUCAACAUGCUGUUCAAGGACAUGCUUUGGGCCAGCUUCGGUGGCAUGGCCGUCCUCGUCCUCGUCAUCACGAUUAGCCGUAUCCUUUGGGCUCAGCUGCGCCAUGUGUCGGCCAUGUCCGUCGAGGGCGAGAGACAGAACUACUGGAAGACGGCUCAGUGGAAGUGGAUGCCCAGCUUGAAGAAGCACCUCAUCUACGCUCCCCUCUGGAACAAGCGUCACAACAAGGAGAUCAAGCUUUCCAGCGCCAUUGGCAUCGGCACCCUACCCUCACGCAUGCACAGCGUCAUCCUGGGUUUCUACCUGGCCAGCAACAUCGUCUACAUGUUCUUCUUGAACUGGGAAAACGCCAACAUCUACUCGUUCUGCGCCGAACUCCGUGGCCGAUCCGGCACCCUCUCCAUCGUCAACAUGGUGCCGCUCAUCAUCCUUGCCGGCCGCAACAACCCGCUCAUCGGCAUGCUCCACGUAAGCUUCGACACUUAUAAUCUCCUUCAUCGAUGGAUUGGCCGCAUGGCUGUGAUUGAGGCCGUCCUUCACACCAUCGCCUGGUUGAUUGUUCAAGUUGCCGCAAGUGGAUGGGAUGGUGUUUGGCAUAGAAUGUCCAACGAGCUCUUCAUCGGCUCCGGCAUGGCUGGCACUAUCGCCCUCGUUGUCAUCAUGAUCCUCUCCUUCUCGCCAGUUCGCCACGCCUUUUACGAGACGUUUCUCAACGUCCACAUUAUCCUCGCCUUCUUCAUCUUCCUGAUGACGUACAUCCACUGCGCUGUCGCUGGCAUGCCUGGUGGACUUCCCCAGCUCCCCUGGAUGAUCGCCAUCUUCAUCCUAUGGUUCCUUGAGCGCAUGGCGCGCAUCGUUCGGGUCGCCUAUAUGAACUGGUCUGACCGUGGUCUCACUGACGCCAUCAUUGAGGCUGUCCCCGGCGAGUGCACUCGUGUCACCAUGAACCUUCCGCGCUACGUCGACGUUAAGCCCGGCACACAUGCCUAUCUGCGUUUCAAGGACAUCAGGCCAUGGGACUGCCAUCCCUUCUCCAUCGGCUGGGUUGAGCACAUUCCUGACCACCGCGCCCUGCAUUUGGAUGAGGAGAAGGCUCAGCUCACUGCCAUCUACAAGAAGAACUCGACAACCUCGAUCUCUUUCAUCAUUGGUGCCCACACUGGAUUCACUCGCGAUCUUUACAACGUCGCCCGCCAGAGCGGUGACCGCGCUAUCCGUAUGAAGGCCGUGGUUGAGGGACCCUACUCUGGCCAUCACUCGCUCGACUCCUACGGUCAUGCCGUCCUCUUUGCCGGUGCCACCGGCAUCACCCACGGCAUCUCCUACCUCAAGCCUCUCAUCGAUGGGUACAACAACGGGAGCGUGGCAACAAGACGCAUCACCCUAGUCUGGAUCGUCCGUGACUACGAGGCCCUCGAGUGGGUUCGUCCGUGGAUGGAUACCAUCCUCCGUCUGCCCAACCGCAAGGAUAUCCUCCGCAUCCAGCUCUACAUCACGCGCCCUCAGAACUCCCAGCAGAUUGUCUCGGCUUCCAAUACGGUCCAGAUGUUCCCUGGCCGCCCCAACAUCCCUUUGCUGAUGAAGCGCGAGGUCUCAGAGCAGCAAGGCGCCAUGUGUGUGCACAUCUGUGGACCUGGAGCCUUGGCUGAUGAUGUGCGAGCGGCAGUCAGAGAGGUGCAGGAUGAAGGCACUGUGGUCGACUUUGUGGAGGAGAGUUUCACGUGGUAA